AACAAAAAAUGCCUCUAACGGCUUGGAAACUGAAAGUUUCAUUUACGAGGUUUCAUUUGUGGUCAGGUGUGUGAUCAGAAAGCUCACGUGGAUCCUGACGACAUCAUUCUGACUAUUGUUCAUCCGACUCCAAACCAAACCGGGGUGGGGGGGCCGUGUUUGUUCUGGGAAACUUCCGGCAGCCUCACCUGCUUCGUCUUGGCAGGAACGGCGACGUGCCGAGCGCGCGCUCUCAUUGGUGGGGAGGGCUGGCAGCCCCCAGGAAUGUGCCAGGACUUGCUUUUGGGGUGGGACAGCAUGACCUCAGGCAGUGGGUGGUGGGUGCGACUCCCGUGGAAAAAGAAAGACGAGAGGAGAGAGGGGGUGAGGCAGGAGCCCAGAUCGUCAACAAAUCUCCCCCACGGAUGGGGAGGAUAGUCGUAUGUUCGUGGUUGGUGUUUUCUCUUUUCCCACAUCAGUUCAUGAGUGAAAGCUGCUUCACUGAGGGAGGGGGGAGGAGGAGGGGGUCAGAAAGGCUGCACUGUGUCUUUAAGAGAGAGAGUGUGAGUGUGCGCGCGAGGGAAGGGAGGGACCUCUUUGCCCUCCAGAAACCAGGAAGGAGCGGAUCUGCUGCCGCCUGGAUAGCGCGCGCGCACGGGGAGGCAGAGAGCUCCGCGAGGAGGAGGCUGACCCCCAGCAGCACCGCCGCGGCCAUCAGAUCGGCAGACGGACAAACGGCAGGACGGAUACUCGGGUGGGGGCUGUGUUAGGCGGCUCGGCGGCAGGCUGGUGGAAAAUGUCGUCAGGAGCCGGAGGGAGGGGCGGCAGGCCGCUAAGGAGUACGGGGGGAAGAGGAGGGGCAGGUGAGGCAGAGGAAGGUCCGGUAUGGAUCCCUUUUCCCGAGCACAGCGCUGACGUUCUGGGCGGCCUGAACAAGCAGCGGCUCAGCGGAGUCCUCUGUGACGUCCUGCUGGUCACCCAGGAGCAGGAGUUCCCCGCCCACCGCUCCGUCCUGGCCUCCUGCAGCUCCUACUUCCACAAGCUUUUCACCUCGGGGGCCGCGGCUGACCAGCACAACAUCUACAACAUUGACUUUGUGGCAGCAGAAGCUAUGGGGGCUUUGCUGGACUUCGCCUACACGGCCACGCUGACCGUCAGCCGCAGCAAUGUGGUGGACAUCCUCGCCGCUGCGCGCCUCCUGGAGAUCCCACCAGUCCAGGAAGUCUGCGCUCACCUGCUGGAUACCAAAGUGCUCUCCCUGCCGGCGGGAUGUGAGCGAAAUGAGGAGGAGGAAGAGGGCAAAGGCAAAAGAGACCAGGACCAGGGGAACCAGGUGCGGGCCCAGGAGUACUUGGAGUUUUUCCAGAGGGGGGCGCACUGGAGCAGCAGCUGCAGCACGCCUGAGCUCAGGGACCUGCCCACGCACUUUAAUGUCGAUAACGGAAGGACCCACAGCAACGGGGCUCCUGCUGGCCCAGCUGAGUUCUUCUCCCCAUUGGCACUUGCCUUGUCCCAACCCCCCACAAAUGAACCAGAGGAGGAGGAGGAGGAUGAGGACGACGAUGAUGAUGGAGAGUUGGUCCAGGGCAAUGGAGCUAGUCUUGGGACAACGUUCUACCCCCCGUCUCAGAACGGGCACUUUUACUUUCCGCCCGACUCUCGGCAGGGGCCAGAGGCGGAGGAGAGUGGAAGGAGUAUGAUGGUGGGGGAGAGGGGCUCAGCCAGCGCCCUUCUGCAGCACAUGAUGGACUCCAUCGAGAAGCAGAAGGAGCGGGAAGCUGCCGGAGAGGAGCCGGGGGAGGGGGAUGACCCUGACAUGGACUUUUACUUGAAUUAUUUCAGCAGCGCACAGCACGAGGAUUCGGGCUCUGCGGCGCUAACGCAGGGAGCACCGCCACUAUGGAUGUCACGAAGCGGUCCAGGCCAGCUCAGAGCAGAGAGGGGCGGCGGGGGCGGAGGAGAGAGGAAGAUGCGCUCUAAGGCUUUCCAGAAGUGCCCCAUAUGCUCCAAGGUCAUUCAAGGUGCAGGCAAGCUACCCCGCCACAUCCGAACGCACACUGGAGAGAAACCCUAUGAAUGCGCCAUCUGCAAAGUGCGCUUUACCAGGCAGGACAAGCUGAAGGUCCACAUGCGUAAGCAUACAGGAGAGAAGCCUUACCUGUGCACACAGUGUGGAGCGGCCUUCGCUCACAACUACGACCUGAAGAACCACAUGCGCGUGCACACCGGCCUGCGCCCCUAUCAGUGCUCCAGCUGCUUCAAGACUUUCGUGCGCUCCGACCACCUGCACCGCCACCUCAAGAAAGACGGCUGCAACGGUAUCCCCUCCCGGCGCGGAAGAAAACCGCGGGUUCGAGAGCCAGAGGCCCUGGAGGUUCCGCAGGGCCCGCUCCGCCCCGGGUCCGAGGAGGGCCCCGGGCCCCGCGGCAUCAGGGGGAGGCGGCGCUCCGAGGCGUCCUCUGCGGCAGAGGUGGAGAGUGCCGCACACAGCCCUCCUCUGCAGGAGCUGGCAUUGGAGGCCCGGCCCUGAGACUGGGGGGGGCAUCAAGGACACUGCUGAACAACAAAGUCAUUCUGCUGGGCCUGUGAGACAGGCGGCAGACGGAGGGGAGCAUGGACAAAAGAGGACAAAAAUACUAACUAUUGCUCUACAAACCAAAUCAGGGUGUCACAAAAAUUUUAUUUUUCUCUUUCCUUUGAUUCUAGGAAACAAAACCGACGUAAAGCACUUGAGUUGAAGAGCAAAGGACACUUCAGAUCUCCCUUAGCCUCCUUUUUCUGGAUCCUUUCUGUACGUAGAUGUUUUAUUCGUUGAAUAUGUGCACAGCGGAAACAGCUGUUUGCAUCUAUGCAGUUUAUGGUCUGGCUGCAGGCUGCUGGGGGUGUCUGCAGGCUGCAGGGGGUGUCUGCAGGCUGCAGGGGGGUGGCUGCAGGCUGGAGGGUGCUGGCUGCAGGCUGCAGGCACCUUCUGGCUGCUGCAGGGGUGAAGUCAGGACAAACCCUUCCUGUGAAAACAACUCUUCUAUUUUGCAGCCUGAAAGGACAGUUACCAUAGAAACAAAAUUGCCACAAUAUGGUAUAUGCAAGGAAAACUAAUGAUGGCGAUCUAAGUGUUCCAGAAAGGAAGAGGCGGGGCUUCGACUGAAGUGUUACUUACUCUAAAACAAACAAAAAACUGGUUUGUUUUACUGAAAAGAUUCAAGCAGAGUCAAAUCCUCUUUAGUGGGGGGCUCACUGAUUGCAGGACUGGGGGUUCAGAGGGGUCUGUCUUUCUGAAGCACUACCAUUGUCAAUGCUGGCUUUACUAUGACCCCCCCCCCUCUUGUUGUUUGUUUUUUGUCUUAACUUGUCGGUUUUGUUGGCCGCUUCGGGUACAUGACACUUUAUAUUGUAUACGUGUGUAUAUAUUCGCGGUGAAAUGACGCUGGCCCCGUCUUGCCUGGGGGGUACUUACGGUUGGGUCUUUCCUCAAAGGAUGAAUGUUGUAUUUGUGGGGGGGUGAAGCUGGUGGGGGAGGAACGGGGUGAAUGUUUAGUGAGGAGAACAGAACCUUCUAGUCGCCCGUCGGUUCUGAACGGGGCGGGGUUCUGACCCGGAUGAAUGAAUGUGCUUCAUGGCGUGCAGUUUUUCGGGUUCUGUCCUUGUGCAACAAGGCGCGGGUAGCAUUUAAGCGGUCGCAGGUUAAAGGGUCGGCAGGGAGGGGGGGUGACGAAGAGUACGAAGACGAGAUAGACGAGCACCUUUUUUUCUAUGUUUGCACAGCUUUACUAAAGACAUGCGGCGGGGGGGGGGGGGGGGGGGGGGGGCACGGUUUAUGGAUCAUGCUUAUUCCAGUCUUUUUGGCCCGGGGGACCACAGCCAACCUGUAUGAUGAGGAGAGCAAUAAAUACCUGUCCAGGUUUUGGAGGCCAAAUCCGAGCGCUGCUGCAGCUGCUUGGUGGGGGAGGGGAACAAAGGAAGGGGAGGGGCAUCUCACAAUGUCUGUUGCAUUCCAAAAAAUAAUCUCCCCCAGCGCCUGAACGGGCCUGCAGGACGCAUUACUGCAUUAGAGUCCAGUGUCACCGGGGGAGGGGGGCUGCUGGCAGUUUACUGAGGGGAGGGGGGGUUUACAUCUCCAUGCACGCUGUGUGUGAUUGUGUUUGUGUGUAUAUGUGUGUGUGUAGCUGUGCAUGUGUGUGUAUCCGGGUCCCCCUGGCCCCGUUGGAGGUGUGAGUCAACCUCAUCCUGUUCAAGCAUGCAGCCAGAGAUGCCCCCCCCCCCCCCCCACUGGGUUAUGUGGGUCUUAUGUGGUGUGGGGGAGGGGGGGAGAUGACAUAUCUAUUGUAUGGAGUCUAUAGAUGUAAGGUUUUAUUUUUUUUUAAGUCUUAAAACUUCCUGUUUGUUUGUUUGUUUCUUCUUAGUUUUAAGUCAGACCCCCACCCCCCCCUACCCCCCCAUUACCUAUUUUAUUUGGACUGAGAGUCUCGUCUGCACCUUAAUUAGAAAAUCGGUUUUAAAUGCACUUUUUAGGGGAGGGGAGGGGGCCCUAAAAAAUCAACUUUUUUCUGUCUCCACAAAAACAAGCCAUCGGCCCCCGCAGCUGACUCCUAAUGUCUUAAUCUGCAAAGGGGGGGCAGUGCAUGCUGCCCCAGUGCAUGCUGGGUAGCCUUGUGUCUACCUGCUUCUUGACUGCAGACAGAACUGGACCUUCAUCUGUUCCUGGAUGUUUUCUAACCAAAGCUUUCUCUUCUUUUUCACGCCGUGGUCUGCGUCCCCCCCCCCCCCCCGGCUGAAUCGCAGCUCCUCUUCCAUGCGCAGGAUUUUAUUUUUACUUGACUUUGUUGCGUUCUAUGUCCGGAUAAUCUGGUGUUUCUCAGAAUAACUGCUUUAGCUGUUUUGUCAAGCGAUCUUUUGUGUUUGCGUGGGUUUCGUUUUUUUUGGGAGGGGGGGGGGCCCGGUCAUGGUGUUGGGAUACUAUGCCAGGAGGGUGGGGUAAAGAGGUGCUUGGGUGGGUUGGGAAUAAGAAACCCUGAUAGCACUGGAAGUGGUGCUUUAGCGGAGAGAGCAAACGUUUGCACUAAUGUAGAAAAAGUGCUCCUCCUGCUGCUGGAGCAGGAGGAGCAAGGAGACUGGAGAACCUCAGAGACCGGCUGCUUCAGGAGCAUGCAGCUCCAGACUCAACAGUCUUAUACAGUCCAUCCAACCCCUGUAGAGAAGUGAUGCUAUACACUAAAAAAUGUAAAGAUGUCCAGGAACCAUCAAACCAAAGCAGGAAAAGGCUUUCCUUCACGUCUCUGGGGGUUUGGAACCAUCAACCCUGAGCUGGAAUAAAUCCAUUUCACCUGAUUUCUCUGGAAAGAGAUUAAAAGUAAAUUAAUAAAAAAGCGACUUCCGUAUGAAAAGGGAAGCAGACAGUGGCGCUUCUCUGAGAGGUCAGGGAUCUGCAGAUGGGACGUCCUGCGUCUGCUGCUGCAGAUCACCACCAGCUCUGUCUGCAAGCACACUUGAACAGAACCAAGGAGUCCUUAAAUGUUGGCCCUGCUGGGGGGGUGGGGGGUGUCACGGUGCGUCACCUUCUCCAGAAGAUCUUUGGGUUUUGGAUCAAAGCAGGAUUGUCUGCUUAAGGAGCAGGUAUGGGUGCCCCCCUCCCCCCAUACCUUGUCAGGUGGUUUCCUGCUCUUAUCUUGUCGAUGUUGAUGGCGGUCGUGGCCAUAAACGGAUAAAAACGGUGGAAUCUCGUAAAGCAGGACACGCUGACUGCAAUUACGGGACUGUGGGACCAGGGGGUUGGGGUGGGGGGGGCUGAUGGUUGUGUUGAUUCCUGGCCGGCCUGGCGCCGCAUACGCACCCUGGCUCUGCGUCUGCCUGGGUUUUUCAUGGAAGGGGGCAGUUCCUCCGUCUGUGGGGAGGCAAAGGUUGGCAUCAGGGAGAAGGGCUCCGUGUGUGUGUGUGUGUGUGGGGGGGGGGGGGGGUUUAGACAGGGAAGCAGGAACUGCAUGGCCAUAAAAUAAAAAUCCGUGAAAGCGGUUCGGCUGUCGCUGACCUCUACUCAGCUCUACUCAGGUGGAUUUUCUUUGCUAUGCAUUGAGUCUCAGUGUCUGCUUUGUUCUGAUUGGCUGUUUGACAUGUUAGCCCCCCCCCCCCCCCCCCCAUAUCGAUCAGGUGAAGCGCUCAUCAGAGGAAAGAAAGCCACGUGAAGUUCAGCCAUAUGACUUGGACUGUAAGGGAGGGGGCUGCCCCAUCUCUGCCAUCUUCACCCCCCCCCCCCCCCAAAUGGAGACCGUCCUCUGAUCAGAGAUAACACGCUGAGGAGGGGGGGGUUAUAUGUACAAAACAGUGCAGUUCCAGGUUGUUCAAGUUCUCACACUGCCCCCCCCCUCCCCCCAAACUUUUCUUGGGCUGUUAACGGUGGACAUUACAGUUUGGACCCCCUCCCCCACCAUAUCGCUUUGAAACUGCCUUUUUUCAGCUUCUGCGAUUGUAACAAAAGCACUUUGCAAAAGGCCAUCCUGGAUUCUUUCUAUGCGUUCAUGGGUGUCACUGCUGUUGUGUUUCUGUCCCUGGUUUCCAUGGAAACCAUUAUUUAAGUGUAAACUUUAUUUAUAUGUAAAUGAGAGCAAAAAAAACUUGAAUGAAUGCAGUCUGGAUGACAGUAAGCUGGAGCUCAUCUGGACAUCAAAACAUCUCUAACGGUCUUACGAUCAGAAUUCUGCAGCUCCUUUGUGGUCAGAGGUGGUGGGGGGGCCCAGGACGGCCGCUGCACCACAGCUGCUCUUGUUGGGAGAGUGGUCAGUGGAUCUGACGGCAGGACCUUUGACAGAAAUACAUCUCAAAGCUUUCAGUGCUAAAUGUGGAACCUGCAGCAUCUUCUGCAGGUUCUGGCGUCUGAACACUUGACAUGCUCUAGAACGUGUACACCUCCCGCCACGUUCCCUGCAGAACGUUGGCCUGUUUGACCACAUCAGGAGAACCUGCUGCGCUGCAGUGGGGCGGAGGAAUCCUUUAAACUGGAGCAUUUAUGUUUGAAGCUGGGAGAAGGAACGGGCGGUUCUUCCAUGAUCCCGUUGUGUUUGAGAUCCCUCUGAAAUCGGAAAGAAAUGUUCACUGACCCCAAGCAGAGAAAUCUGCUGCCCCACAGUCUCUACCGUUAAAAUCCCGCCCCUUUUUUCAGGAAUCGGACCUGCAACCUGGCCACUCCCACGUAAGCUGCCCUUGAUGGUUUACAAAGCAAAGUCAGACCUGGGGGGGGGGCAGCAGACUUCGGUGCCACGUGGUUCCGUGUGCAUUUUGAAGAACUUUUCUACUUUUCUAACCAUCAGUCCACACAAACGCUGCAGGGAACGCCACACCGACGUUUCAGUUGAGAGAAUUUGCACUUUUGUUCCCAUAGAAACGGUGAUGUAAAGAGACCACUAAAUCCACACAUUUGAAUCCGUCAAAUUCCAGUUUGUGUUGAUUUUUGUUUCAGUUUUGUUUUUUUUAUGUAUCCAAAAAUGUCUGGCAUCUGGUUUAAAGAAUAUAAGAUAUUUCUAUUAAAACAAUGGUGGCUAA